CAGGCGCUCGGCUGCCAACUGAGCCACUUUUAUCAUCAUUGUUAUUAUUUUUAUUUUUGUUAUCUCUUUAUUUUUAAAUUUUUUCCCUUUUUUUUUAAAGUUUUUUUUUUUACCUUUUCCCCCCACUUUCUUCCUCGUCUCCAAAGCCGUUUUUAUUAUUUUUGUCCCUCUCCGCGGCGAGCGGCGGGAGGCGAAAGGCAAGAGCCGAAGAGGUCGGGAGGGAGAAGGGGGCGGGGAGACGACGAGGGAGCGGCGGGUGUCGGUGUGGGAAGGCGGGGACGCGGCUCCCCCGGCCCGACCUCGGACCAUGUACCAGGACUACCCCGGGAACUUCGACACCUCCUCCAGAGGCAGCAGCGGCUCCCCGGGACAUCCCGAGACCUACUCGAGCGGCGCAGCCCAGCAGAAAUUUCGAGUAGAUAUGCCAGGAUCAGGCAGUGCUUUUAUCCCUACGAUCAACGCCAUCACAACCAGCCAAGACCUGCAGUGGAUGGUCCAGCCCACCGUCAUCACCUCCAUGUCAAGCCCUUACUCCCGUUCGCACCCCUACAGCCACCCGCUGCCCCCGCUGUCCUCGGUGGCCGGACACACGGCUCUGCAGCGUCCUGGUGUCAUCAAAACCAUCGGGACCACCGUGGGACGGAGACGGAGAGAUGAGCAGCUGUCGCCUGAGGAAGAAGAGAAGCGAAGGAUCCGGAGAGAGAGGAACAAGCUGGCAGCUGCUAAGUGUCGUAACAGGCGUCGAGAGCUAACAGAGAAACUCCAGGCGGAAACCGAAGUACUGGAGGAGGAGAAGUCAGUGCUGCAAAAGGAGAUCGCUGAGCUCCAGAAGGAGAAGGAGAAGCUGGAGUUUAUGCUGGUGGCUCACAGCCCUGUGUGCAAAAUCAGCCCCGAGGAACGUCGCAGCCCACCAUCCAGCAGCCUCCAGAGCAUUCGGACUGGAGCAAGUGGAGCCGUGGUGGUGAAGCAGGAGCCUGUGGAGGAAGAGAUCCCAUCUUCCUCUUUGGUCCUUGACAAAGCCCAGAGGUCUGUCAUUAAGCCCAUCAGCAUUGCUGGAGGUUUUUAUGGGGAAGAGGCACUCAACACUCCCAUUGUGGUGACCUCAACACCAGCCAUCACUCCUGGCUCUUCCAACUUGGUGUUCACCUACCCUAACGUGUUGGAUCAGGAGUCUCCUCUCUCCCCUUCUGAGUCCUGCUCCAAAGCUCACCGGAGGAGCAGCAGCAGUGGGGACCAGUCCUCAGAUUCCUUGAACUCUCCCACCUUGCUGGCGUUGUAAUCCCCCUGCGGCCCCCCAUUUUGCCAGUGUGUUACAUCCCCCACAGCACCAUGGGGGGAGCCCCCUCCGUGGGAUUAGAGACAGGCACAGGAUCGUUCAAGCACAAGGGCAGCAAGAACAAGGAUGGGGAAGUGCUACAGCUCCAGGAAGGAGAGUGAGGACCAACGCCAGCUCCCUGGAGGCAGGAAACGGCAAGGGUGGGACUGACACGCCAGGGUUGUUUGGAGAGGGUGAUGUCCGCUCUGUAGGGACUGCCUGUGGAAACCUCUUUGUGGCCGUAGUGGACCUGGGGAGUGCUCCUGGCCAGGACUGAAGGCGAGCUGCAGACAGUUGCUAGUCGUCCCUUUCCUUUGUGGAUUGACUCGAGCGUUGUGCUCUGUGCUUAAAUCAUUCUGGUUAGUUGAACUUACAACUUCUCUCUUGUGUGCUCGCUCGCGCUCUCUCUCUCUCUCUCUUUGCAUAUAAUUUCCAAUGUUGUCGAUCCCAUUACAUUUCACUCAGUGCUCUGAACUCUAAAGUCUAAUUAGGAUCUUUGCUCUUGGGAAUAGCUGUGGGAAACAUAUAACUCAUAGGGUUGCCCAGACAGGAGGAUGACAGCUGGGGGGACCAGGAGAUAAGGGGGACCAAGAGGAGCCCAAGAGCUCAGCAGCAAGGGCAGAGCUUGUAGUCUCUAGCCUGAGGCACAGAGACAGCAGAAGUCUCAUGAUGAAACCUCUCUUUUUAAAAAUGUGGAUAUAUUUACCCCCUUGGGCUCCUCGAAAAACCAAGUUAGCAUCUCAGGGCCAAAGCAGCAUCAGAAAAGCUGCUGGGCUGGCACUUACCAGUGACUGGCAGGGUUUUACCCUAGUUUGCUGGAUAUCAAGUCUGCUGCUUGUUGUUUACUUUUCCUGGGCUGCCUGCUGUCUAGGGAGUAUUACAUCUUCCUUCCCAUCAGGGCUCCUGACUCAGAGGCUGAUCUCUUCCUGUUAGUAAAUCUUCCCCUCCCCUUGGCCAUAUUUGCAGAACAUGGUACAAAAAAAAGAGGUGGCACCACAUGCCUAUAAAUCUAGGAUGGAGACUGGCAGCAGCUAAGACAGUGAAAUUAGCUGGCUGUACCCUUGCUGAUUUUUUUUCAUUGUUGGGAAACAAAGCAGCACAUAUCUACCAGCACAGCACAGGCCACAAGGCCCCAGCUCCUGACCAAGCAGGAUUGGCAUGGAUAAAGUGUUGACCUGUUUGAACUACAACAGAGCUUCUGACAAGCUCUGGCAAAUGACAGAUUGACAGCUGAGGAAAAUUGAUUAGCAUUAUUUGCACCUUGGUCUUUGGCCUCUGGUUUUUCUUUACAUUUUCUUUGCAGAUUGAUCUUCUGUUGUGGUUGAUUGGCCUGAAGACAAAGAAUCAAACCAAAGGGCUCUUUCCCUAGUCCUGGGUCCUUCUCUAGCCUGUGGGCUUUACUGCUACUACUAAGUGCUCAGAGAGGGUACAAGCUCUCCAGUGCUCAUGUUCACUACUGAAAACAGUAAUGUGUGUAAUCUAUUUCCACUUGGAGCCAAGCUCAAUUCCUAUUGAUAUCAAAGUACUGGCAAAACAUGACCCUGUGCACACUAGGAUUGCCCAUUUUGCCAGCUAAACCACUUAGGAGAUAGCUCUUUGGUCCUGCCUAUUGAAGCUGGGUGGCAGCUAUUUAUUUUUAUUUAGUUUGUCUUUUUCUUUUAUACACACA